AUGCCCAAGCAUGUCAGUUUAGUUGUGCUCAGCUGCUUCGUCCUCGGUUUCGUUGCACUGGCAGCCGUGAUUGGUAAUCUCCUAGUUAUCAUCGCCAUUGUCCGGUCCCCGACUCUUCACACUAUAGCCAGCGUAUUUGUCUUCAAUCUCGCUCUUGCCGACGAGGCCGUGGCCAGCCUAGUUAUGACCCUCGACGUCGUCUAUCGUUUCCAGGGCACGUGGUCAUGGGGCCAUGCUGUAUGCCAAGUAUGGAUGUCGACAGACGUGCUUUCCUGUUCAGCCUCUAUUCUAACUCUAUGCUCAAUAGCCGUAGAUCGCUACAUCGCCAUUGCUCAUCCAUUCCUCUAUCAAGGUUCCAUGACGAAGACCAAAGCUGUGUUAGUAACCUCUCUAGUCUGGGCUGUAGCAUUUAUACUGUCCGUGUUACCAAUGGCUUUCCGUUGGCACGAACCUGUUGGGUUUGAACAGCAGUCCGACCAGUGUAUACUCACUUUCAAUCCAGCGUUCUCAAUCAUCUCCUCCAUUGUUUCCUUCUACGUCCCGUUCGUCAUCAUGGUCAUAACAUACGGACUGAUCUACAGAGUUGCUAGUCGCCAAUCGGCCAAGAUCAAAAUGAACGCGGUACACGCGAGAGUGAUACGAAUAACGCGUUGCACGAGCUUGUCUGUUCGCGUUCAAGAGCCCGUCAAAUAUCACCAAAAGGCCCGGGACAACAAGGCGGCCGUUACGCUCGGGAUCAUCAUGGGAUGCUUCGUUAUAUGUUGGUUGCCUUUCUUCAUUGGAAACAUCAUCAACCCUCUAUGUAAUAACUGCAUUGAUAUUGCUUACACCAAGGCGUUUACGUGGCUCGGGUAUAGCAACUCUGCCCUCAACCCAUUUCUCUACGUGAUGUUCAAUCGAGAAAUCAGAGGGGCUUUUCGGCAACUAUACACCCCUUGUCUCAACAGCCGUUAG